AAAUCACACUACUGCGAGUCCUACCUCCUACUCAGCGGCCUCACAACCAAACAUGACAGGCAGAGCAUCUUCAUCAGGCCAGCCCUGCUACAUUGGUAUCGAUGUCGGCACAGGCUCAGCGCGAGCCAUCCUCCUUGACGCAGCGGGAGAGACGCUCUCCUCGUAUGCUCAGGCCACCAAAACUUUCCGCACUCCCGCCGAUUCCCGCAUCUUCCAGCAGUCAACGCAGGACAUUUGGUCUGCCAUCUGUUUGUGCGUGAAGAAGUGCCUGAGUGAGGCGCAGGUGGACAAGAGUAGAGUCAAGGGUGUAGGCUUCGACGCGACGUGCAGUUUGGCAGUGGUAGAUACGGAGGGGAAAGAGAUCGAUGUCACCCCUAAUGGCAUGACAUUAGCCGGAGCGGGCGGCGAAGUGGUGCCCAACAUCAUCCUGUGGGCGGAUCACCGCGCCGAGGAGGAGGCCAGCGCAAUCAACAAAACUGGCCAUAAAGUUCUCGAGUACGUCGGCGGAACCAUGUCGCUCGAGAUGGAGAUUCCCAAGACGCUCUGGCUCAAGAAGCAUCUCGAGCCCUCCCUCUUCUCCCGCUGUCAAUUCUUCGACCUCCCCGACUACCUCACAUACAAGGCUACCGCCUCCCCUGCGCGCUCAACCUGCUCCUUAGUCUGCAAGACCUCUUACCUUCCACCUGGAGUCGCUGGCUCGACUAUCGGAUGGUCGGAGGACUUUCUCUCCACCAUUGGUCUGGGUUCGCUAGCCGAGACUGACUAUGCGCAGCUUGGCGGCAUUCCUGGGAAGAAUGGCCUCAUUCUCACUGCAGGCCAGCCAGUCGGUGCUGGCCUCACCGAUCAGGCAGCGGAGGAGCUUGGGCUUCUACCUGGCACAGCAGUCGGUUCAGGUUUGAUCGACGCGUAUGCCGGCUGGGUCGGCACGGUAGCGGCGCCGGCCAGUAACGAGCCCGAAAGUCAAAAGGUCAGCGUCGGUGGUUCAAAGCAUCGCUUGGCUGCGAUCGCUGGUACCUCGACCUGCUACUGCGUUCAGAGCGAAGGAGAGCAAGGCGUCUUCGUCGAGGGAGUCUGGGGUCCUUACAAAGACGUCGUCUUCCCCGGCUUCUGGCAGAAUGAGGGCGGCCAGUCCUCGACUGGACAGCUGAUCGACUUUACCAUCGAGACGCAUCCAGCUACACCUCAGCUCAAGCUGCAGGCAGAAAAGGAAGGGACCAACCUAUUCUCGCUCCUGGACGAGAUCCUCGUCUCCCUGCAAAAGCGUCUCGGCGUGCCUACACUGAUACAUCUGACCAAGCACCUCCAUCUGUACCCGGACCUGCACGGCAAUCGCUCUCCCUUGGCAGACUCGUCAAUGAAGGGUCUCAUCUCCGGCCUGACGCUCUCGUCUGGCCCGGAAGACUUAGCGCUGAAGUAUCUCGCGACACUAGAAGCGAUUGCUCUUCAGACGCGACAGAUCGUCGAGAAGAUGAACAAGAGCGGUCACGAAAUUGACAGUAUCUUUAUGAGCGGCAGUCAAGCCAAGAAUGCAACCCUCAUGCAACUGCUAGCGGACGGUUGCAAUGUUAAAGUGCUGAUUCCCGAAGGUGGUGGAAGCACUGCCGUUGUCAAGGGAGCUGCUAUCCUGGGCAGGUUCGCGUCCGAAGUGGCCGAAGAGGUCAAAAGUCUCACGUCGCAGGAGCAGGCCAAUGAGCUUGGGUGGAGCAAGAGGGAUAGGCUAUGGCAGAUGAUGGUUGAGAUGACAAAGGAGGGCUACUUCCUAUACCCUCGAGCAACGGGCAGCGAGAAGAAGCUUCUCGAUGCCAAAUACCAGAUCUUCCUUGAGUCGAUAGAUGUCCAGAGGCGUUGGAAAAAGUUGACCGAAGAAGCCAUUGUCUCAUAGAGCUGGCCGAAGUUGCAUCCACCACUGCCAUCCCAUGUACGCAAUAAAACUCGCUCUGCGAGUCAUAGACUUUCACACAAUGAUGUUGUCUCUUCGUGAGAGCGUGCUGCAAGCA